CACAUUACAAAGUCUCUCUGUUCCCUCCACACUCUUGAGAAAUCGUUUUCUUCGAGUCACUGCUACAAUGGAUUGCAUAAAGAGUAUUAAUAGAUCCGCUUUCGUUGCCAUUGCGCCGGAAUCUCCUUUCAUUGCAGCCGGAACAAUGGCCGGAGUAGUAGAUCUUUCGUUUAGCUCAUCCGCUAAUCUCGAGAUCUUUGAACUCGAUUUUCAGUCCAACGAUCGUGAGCUGAAACUAGUAGGUCAUUGCAAAAGCUCUGAGCGGUUUAAUCGACUCGCUUGGGGAAGUUAUGGAUCUGGAUCCGAUGGUCUCAUCGCCGGUGGCCUCGUUGACGGGAACAUCGGUUUAUGGAAUCCAAUUCGUUCUAAGUCUGGUGAAAUAGAGCAUGUUGGACAUCUUUCAAAACAUAAAGGACCUGUUCGUUGUCUUGAAUUUAAUGUCAAGUCCCCAAAUAAACUUGCUUCUGGGGCUGAUGAUGGUACAGUUUGUAUUUGGGAUUUAACAAAUCCUUCAAAGCCUUGUCAUUAUCUAAAGGGUACUGGUUCUUAUAUGCAAAGUGAAAUAUCUUCUAUAUCAUGGAAUAGAGAGUUUCAACAUGUUUUAGCAUCUACCUCAUACAACGGGACUACUGUGAUAUGGGAUGUGAAUAACGAGAAGGUUAUAACAGACUUCAAAAAUACCGUUAGGUGCUCAGUUUUGCAAUGGGAUCCUGAUAAUUAUAAUCAGAUAAUGGUUGCAUCAGAUGAAGAUAGUUCACCAAAUGUGAAGCUUUUGGACAUAAGGUAUCUACAAUCACCUGUUCAUACUUUUGUUGGCCACCAAAGAGGUGUGAUUGCAAUGGAGUGGUGUCCAAGUGACAGUUUGUAUCUACUUACCUGUGCGAAAGACAACCGAACUAUUUGCUGGAACACAAAGACAGGAAAGAUUGUAGCUGAGUUACCUACUGGCGAAAACUGGAAUUUUGAUGUUCAUUGGUAUCCAAAGAUGCCUGGAGUUAUAUCAGCAUCUUCAGUUGAUGGGAAAAUUGGCAUCUAUAACCUUGAGGGUUGCAACAGCUAUUGUACUGUGGAGAAAAAUCUAGAUUCAGAUCCUUUAACAGCACCAAAAUGGUGGAAACGCCCUGUUGGUGCAUCUUUUGGAUUUGGAGGAAAGCUUAUUUCGUUCAACAAAAAUCUCCCUGAGGCAUCUGAGGUUUUUCUGCAUAGCCUGGCCACAGAACAAAGUUUGGUGAAUCGAAUUUCUAAAUUUGAAGCUGCAUUAGAAAAUGGAGAGAAGACUUCACUUAGGGGUUUGUGCGAGAAGAAAACAGAAGAGGCCGAAUCUGAGGAAGAGAAGGAAACAUGGGGAUUGCUGAAAAUCAUGCUUGAAGAAGAUGGGAACGCUAAGACGAAGUUGCGUACCCAUCUUGGCUUUAGUUUACCUUCUGAGGAAAACGAUCAAACUGUUAAUGAGCCUCAUGCUACAUGUUCUUCUACAAACGUGGAAGAAACUAAGCAAAUGCCAGAACCAGAAGGAGAGAGCUCUGAUCCAACAUUUGACGAUGCCAUCCAACGUUCAUUGGUUGUGGGAGAUUACAAAGGAGCAGUGGCUCAGUGUUUAUCUGCAAAUAAGAUGGCUGAUGCUUUAGUUAUUGCUCAUGUUGGUGGUACAGAAUUGUGGGAGAGUACUCGCGAUAAAUAUAUGAGGAUGAGCAAUGUACCUUACAUGAAGGUUGUUUCUGCAAUGAUGAACAAUGAUUUAAUGACCUUUGUUCAUACAAGACCACCUAAAUUCUGGAAAGAAACACUUGCUCUCAUCUGCACUUUUGCAGAAGGAGAUGAAUGGAUAAGCCUCUGUGAUGCUCUCGCCUCAAAUUUGAUGGAUGCUGGUUUUACUUUGGCUGCAACUCUGUGUUACAUUUGCGCAGGCAAUAUCGACAACACAGUCGAUAUUUGGUCAAGGAGCCUUGAAAAAGAAAGUGCCGGAAAAUCUUAUGCUGAGUGUGUUCAAGAUCUUAUGGAGAGGACUGUUGUCCUUGCUUUGGCAACUGGCAACAAGAGAUUUAGUGUGUCUCUACGUAAACUCUUUGAGAGUUAUGCUGAGAUAUUGGCCAGUCAAGGACUUCUUGCAACCGCUAUGAAGUUCUUAAAAUUUCUUGAGUCUGGUGAUUUCUCACCCGAACUUUCAAUCUUGCGUAAUCAGAUUGCUCUGUAUGCAGAACCUGAAGCUGCUAACACUUCUGCUUCAAAAAACACUCAGCCUGAAAUUUCCAAGCCAUAUCAAGAGAAAUCUUUUCCUCCAGCUCCAUUAAGCAAUGCUCAGCCAUCAAGAACUACUUUUGUUCCUUUGAAUCCUCCUCGAGAACUAAAGAACGCGGGCCAAUAUGACCAACCAAUCAUGGAUUCUUAUUCGUUUAAUCGAUCCGCUGACCCAGCUUACAAUGCACCACCCGGUCCUGGCUCACAUCGAUCCAUUCCUUCACAAGUUGGUCCAUAUAUUAACUCCAAGAUUCUCCAAACUGUUGCUCCACCAAUGGGACCUAUGACUCCAACACACCAGGUAGCAGUGCAACCAGCACCUGUAGCUCCACCACCAACUGUUCAGACCGCAGAUACUUCCAAUGUACCAGCCCACCAUAAGCCUAUCGUGGCUACAUUGACAAGGCUAUUUAAAGAGACAUUUGAACCAUUAGGAGGUUACUCAAGAGCUACUCCUGCCGAGAAACGUAAGGUAGAAGAUAACUCAAGAAAGCUAGGAGCUCUGUUUUUGAAACUAAAUAGUGGAGACAUCUCAAAGAACGCUGCUGAAAAACUCACUCAGCUCUGUCAAGCUUUGGACAAUUAUGAUCUUGGUGCAGCUUUACAGAUACAGGUGGCUAUGACAAACACCGAAUGGGAUGAGUGCAGUUUUUGGCUUCCAACACUAAAGCAAAUCAUCAAGGGAAGGCAAAAUGUUCAGUGAAAUGGUGAAAUUUAUUUGUUUGGGUAUAAACUUACUACUAGCCACUAGGUUGUGUACUUAGUGAGAAAUAAAGCAAAUCAGUUCUC